UAAAUAAAAUCUGAAAUGUCAGCAGUGCCAUCAGAUUUAGAUUUAUACAGGAUUCAGAUGGAAAAUGUAACUGAAGUCACGACAUUUAUAUUGAUGGGCUUCACAAAUGAUUUUAAGCUGCAAGUUUUCCUAUUUUUCCUAUUUCUAGCAAUCUAUCUUUUUACGAUGAUGGGAAACUUGGGAAUGGUUUUAUUGGUCAUUGGGGAUUCUCGGCUCCACAACCCUAUGUACUAUUUUCUGAGUGUCUUAUCAUUCCUGGAUGCCUGCUACUCUUCAGCUGUCACCCCAAAAAUGUUAGUCAAUUUCUUGUCAGAGAAUAAAGCCAUUUCAUUCCUUGGAUGUGCAGCACAGAUGUUUCUCUUUGUUACUUUCGGAACCACGGAAUGUUUUAUCUUAGCUGCAAUGGCUUAUGAUCGCUAUGUAGCAAUCUACAACCCUCUCCUGUAUUCAGUUAGAAUGUCACCCAGAGUCUACAUGCCGCUCAUAAUUUCCUGCUAUGUUGGUGGCUUUCUGCAUGCUACUUUACACACUGUGGCUACUUUUAGUCUAUCCUUCUGUGCAUCCAAUGAAAUUAAACAUGUCUUUUGUGACAUCCCUCCUCUCCUCGCUAUUUCUUGUUCUGACACUCACAUAAAUCAACUGCUAGUCUUUUACUUUGCGGGAUCUAUUGAGAUAUCCACUAUCCUCAUAGUCCUGGUCUCCUAUGGUUUUAUUCUGUUGGCCAUUCUGAGGAUGCAUUCCGCUGAAGGGAGGCGGAAGGUCUUUUCCACGUGUGGCUCUCACCUAACUGGAGUAUCAAUUUUUCACGGUACGGUUCUCUUCAUGUAUGUGAGACCUAAUUCCAGCUAUGCUUUGGAUCAUGAUAUGAUAGUGUCAGUAUUUUACACGAUUGUGAUUCCUAUGCUGAAUCCCAUCAUCUAUAGUUUGAGGAACAAAGAUGUGAAAGAUGCAAUGAAAAGAAUGUUUGGUAAAAGCUGGUUUGCCAAUAAAGUAUACUUUUCACACUAA